CGCUUUCUGGUUGUCAGGCUGGUACGUAACGAAAUUAUUGUCUUGUUGAGAUCGCCGCGGUAACAGAAGAUAGAGUGAUAAAGUCGAACACCAGAACCUGCAAACACUCUGCAGUUAUGCACUCAACCAAGGAAGAAACCCUAGCCCCAGAAGAGCUGAGAAAAAGGCUCUAUCAAACUUUUAAAAACAAAGGAGUGCUUGAUACACUCAAAACACAGCUGCGGAAUCAGCUCAUCCAGGAGUUAAAACACCCACCUUUGACUGGAAGAGAACCAGUUCCUAGACCAGUGCCUGUGAAGUCUGAACCCCUCUUGGUUUCAGCCUGUAACAGCAUAGUGGCGGAUCAUCUGACCAUCUCAGGGUAUGAGUACACCCUUUCUGUAUUCUACCCUGAAAGUGGCCUGUGCAAAGAAAAGGUUUUCGCAAAAGAAGACCUUCUUCAUCUUCUUAAAAUUAGUCCUGAGUCAGCCCUUUACAGAUCCUUGUCUUCAAAUAAAGACGACAAUGGUAAAGCAGGGUUCCUGAUCAGCCUUCUAACACAGCUAACACAUCAUUAUACUCACGACCAGUGCCACGAUGCUGAUACGCAGACAACAGGCAUAGCAAGUUAUGGAGAGUCUCUUGUUGAGAAGAUGAAAAUGAUCGAUAAGGAAUAUGAGAGCUUCAGUUUCAGUGGGGACAAAUGGUUUUCAUUCCAAUCAAAGCUGGCUGAAUAUAGAAAGGAAAUUGAAGCACAGGUACAAGCAGAAAUGAACACAAAGAUGCAGCAUUUUCAAGAUGUUGAGAUCGCCAAGGUGAGGAUGGAAGAAAAAUCUAAAUUUCACAAAGAAUUUCAUAAGCUGAAACAAGAGCUGGAGAGGACUUAUGAAAUGAAGGCAAAGGCACUGAUGGACCGGGAGAAAAAUGCCAUUGAUCGGUUACAAAAACAACAAGAGAUUGAAGAAAAAAAUGUGUAUAUGCAGAGACAGUCAGUACUGAAAGAAAUUGAAACUCUGCGGAACAGGGAAAAUGAGCUGAGAAUGAGAAUGGAGGCUUUUGAAAAGACUUGUCAAAUUCACGAGGAGAAGGUCAAGACUACAGAAGAGCUGCUGAGGAGGAGAGAAUUAGCUGUGAAGACUAUGGAGGACACAUACGACCAAAGACUGAAGAAUGAACUUUCCAGGUAUCAGCUUGAACUGAAAGAAGAAUUCAUCAGGAGAACAGAAAAACUAACAGAGAAUGAGAACCGAAACAAAGCGGAAACUGCUCGUAUCCAAAAGGAGUCAGCUGUAAUUAAUGCCAAACUAGAGGAGCACAGUCGAGCCUGUUCAGAGCUGAGACGGCUGCAGGUUGAGCUAGACACAGCACAGCAGCAGAUUCCCCUGCUGAGUCAACAGAAGGAGCUGCUAAGAGAGAGACUGGAGACCAUGAGCGACUAUUCCAGUUUGAAAAGAGAGAAAGCAGAGCUGCAGGGGCAGCUGCGGCUGCUAAAGAAACAGCUGGAUGAGGCCCAAGAGGAGAACCGGCUUCUCCAUGCAGAUUUGGGCAGACCAUCCAAAGAGCAGCUGGCCUUGCAGAUGGAGGUUCGGAGGCUGCAGAGCGCUCGCAAACUGGAUGAGGAAGAGUUUGACAACCAGAAACAGGUGCUGCAGGCACAGCUCCAGAAUGAGGUGGAGCGCUGCGCUCAGCUCAAGGCUCAGCUGAUAGAGUGUGAGGAGAAGUCACAGUGGAUGACCAACCAUGUUGAAGACAUCAAGAUGCAACUUCGGCAAACACAACAAGCUCUUGAAAAUGAAGUGCUGCGUAACCCCAAGCCCUCUCUUGUUGAUCGCUCAGUGCUGGAGCUCAGUGCUGACAGGCUGGUUCCCCCUGACAUCUACGUGGACAGAGGUCUGCUGAGGGCCAGGGUGGGUUAUGAUGAUGUUUGUGAAGCAGGUGGGCCCCUGCGAGUACACAAGUUGCCUUGGAGUGACUCUCCAGACUCCGACAUGGAGCUGGUGGCUGAAGCCAAGGCUCGGAUCCAGGAGCUGCAGAAGGAGGCUGAGACUUUGGAGGAAGCCUACAGGAACUACCAGCAGAGGGCAGUGCACUCCACCAUCUCGCGCAUGCUUCCCCCAAGACCCCUUUCCCCACAACAACCACAUCUUUCACAUCGCCCCAGCUCUCCCCAAAGGAAACAAGUCUCUCACCAUUCUCACACCCACUCACCCCACAAAUCAAAGGUCUCGCACAGACCUCUGUCUCCGCACACUACUCGAACCCACUCCUCCACAUACUAUGACACCAGAGACACCCUACCACCUGCGCAGCCAAGAGUGACCUUCUUGGAAGCUCAAAACCAACCCCAGUCCACAGUGUUCACUGAGCACAGUCUCCAUUCAUUGACUGAACCUCCGCCUCUAAGAGAUGGAUCCCCUCAGGAUGAAAGCUCUGCUCCAUCCCGACGUCUGUCAUCCACACCACACUCUUCCUCCAGGAAAAAGCUUCAAAGAGAGAUCGCAGAAGAGGUAGUUGUGUCUCCUGUGGCGUUUCCGGAGCUGUCAUGUGACAGACAGCCCCCUCAAGCCCCCCAUGAGGAGGUGCUGACCUCAGGUGACUUUUCUUCUGAGUUCAGUCCACCUCGCAGUCCUCAGCUCAAGAGCACAGCACGAGACCAGUCCAGUCCACCACAGAUGCAGCCUGUCUUCUCCAGCACUGAGUCUUCCCCGCAGCCUGAGAAGAUAAGCCUUGAAGAUCUCACAGGGAUUUUGCCAGAGCCCGGCCACAUUCCAGAGCUUCUCCUGGACACUGCCGUCCCUCUCACUGAGGAGGCCCCUGACGGCCCCGCUGUCACCCGCCCACAGGACCUCCCAGAAGACCUGACAGACUUGCAGGGCCAGGCGGAAGUUCCACAAACCACAGGGGAAUCUGCUAGGGAAGAAGAUGAAGAGGAUGAGGAGCAGAGGUGGGAAAGAGAGCGAAGGGAACGACAAGAACGAAGGCAAAGACAGCAAGAGGAAGCCAGACAGAGGGAGAUCCAGGAAUUUGAAAGACUGGAGAAAGAGAUGCUUUUGCAAAAGGUGGAGCAACAAGGACAAGAAGAAGGAGAAACAGGGAGUAAGAAAGGAGGAGAUGAAAAGAAGAAGGAUGAUGGAGAGGGGUCUAAAGGUGAAAAUCCAUUGGACAAAUACAUGAAAAUGGUCCUGGAGGCAAGGGAGAAGCAGCUUGCAGAGAGCCCUGGAAGAGAAGAAGCGGGACAUACAAGCCCAGAGGCCAAGAGUUUGUCUGAAGAAAAAGAAGACAGCAUCACAGCAUAUUCACACAAGGAUGAGGAUGAUGAUUUCUGGUGAGCUGGUUGUCCCGGUCUGCUAUCAUAAACUAAUGAAUUACACAAGCCUCUCUACUGUUAAAGAGUGAUGCAUUUCUUGUUUCUUGUUAUUUUAAGAUCUAGCUUUUCAAUAUGUAUAUUUCACGAUUCUAUUUUUUUUUUUUUUUACAUUGACUGUAUAUGUAUGAAUAAAUCCAGAAGUUUUUUAUUUGCUUUGCACCAAACUAGAUUUUCUAU